AAUUUUCAUACAUACCAGUUCUUAUUAAAUAAAAUAUGAAAAUUGACACAACAGACUUUCAGGACAUAUGUAGAAUAUGUCUUGAACGAUGCCCAGUAACUUUUAAUAUUUUCACUUGUUAUUACGCUAAAAUAUUAUACUGUGAAAUGCUGUCGGAUUGUACAAAAAUAAAGCCUGAUGAAGAGGACGGUUUGCCACAGCUCAUGUGUAAAAAUUGCUGUAGGCAGUUGAAGAAAACAUAUAUUUUCAAUUUACAAUGUGUAGAGAGUGAGAAGAAAUUAAGGAACCUUCUAGAAAGUAAUGAUACAAUAAUUACGGUAGAGAAAGAAGAAUGCUUUGAAAUAAAAAACAAAAUACAAGAUCUAUGUGAUAGUGUUAAAGGUGAAAUAGAAGACUUAAAGGACAAAUCUAUAGAAUUAUUGUUAAAAGAAGAAAAAGCUGUUGAUGAGGAUAUAAAGUCAGAACCUGGUUACAAUGACAAUGAGGAAAGUGACACUUGGAAUGAUGAUGAUGAAAAUUUACUUAUACAGUUCAAAACAGCACCAGAAGCUGAAGAAGCAAAUGGCGAGGUAAUAAUAAAGAAAAAAAGAGGGCGCAAGAAAAAAGAUGGAACAACGGUAGCACAAAGUAAGCUUCCGCAUCAAUGUGAUAUCUGCGGCAAGAUACUGAGCUCCAAAAGUAAUUUGAACUCGCACAAAAUAUGCCACACGGACUUAAGGCCUUAUAAGUGUACAGAGUGUCCUGCGUCUUUCAAAGGACACAGCGGUUUGUUCCAACACAAAAGGAUACAUACUGGUGAGACACCAUAUCAUUGUGAAUAUUGUCCGAAACAGUUUAGAAAAAGAACGGCGCUUGUUAAUCAUAUACGUAUGCAUAAAGGUGAAAAGCUAUUUAAUUGCAACGUUUGCUUCAAGAGUUUCGUUCAAAGCGGUCAACUGGCGAUACACAUGAAACGCCAUAGCGGGGUCAAGUCAUAUCUGUGUCAGGAUUGUGGGAAAGGAUUCCCAAUAAAAGCGGAUCUCAAAGUGCAUCAAAGAGUACACAACGGAGAGAAGCCAUACUCUUGUCAUCUCUGCGAGAAGACAUUUGCCACAUCUGGCAAUUUGUCCAUUCAUGUACGGAUACAUAAUAGGGAAGUUAGAUAUAAUUGUAAAUACUGCCACCGCGGCUUCGUAACGCGCAGUUCCUUCAACGUUCACGUAAAACGUCACAGCGGGCAAAGGGACUAUGCCUGCGAGUGUGGAAAGAAAUUCUACACUUCUUCAGCACUAAAACAACAUAAAAUAGUACAUACGGGCGAAAAAAGAUACCAAUGCAAAAUAUGCGAUAGAAAAUUCACGCAAACGGGCCAUUUGAGUCGACAUUUUAGAAAAGACCACGCGAAACCGAACGCGCCUUUACCAACGUCGGAUUACUAUAAAAUAAAACUUCCACAGACUAAGCAAGGGUUGGUGUUCGAAAUUCAAAAAGUGGCGCCUAUUGAUGACAAUAUGAAAUGUGAGGAAACCUAGCGAAGAGCUGCUGGCUGGUGGGAUAGAACUGUUUGUGUUGUGUUGUGUUGGGGAAUUUGAAUUGUGCACGAUUGUUUGAAUGUGAAGAAAAAUGACGAUGUUAUUUGAAGCGUGAAUCGACUAAUUUUUUGACGUGUCAAAUAAGGAGAACUACGUAUCGUUCGAAAUUUGAAUUGUGAUUCGAUGGUUUUGCAUUGUGACUAGAAUUGUAAUUAGAAAUUGUGCGGUGCGGCAACUAUGAGCUAUUAUUACUACGUAUAGAGAAGACACCACGAAUAAAAUCUAUGCGCGGCACGGGGCGGCUAGUGAGUCAUAGAUUAAGCGAGGUCACCAACUCGCCGCUAUAGAGGCGACACUUUGUAAAUAUUCUGCCUAUUUAUACUUAACAAUUAAAAACAAUCAAUGUAACAAAAAAUAUAUAAUUAAUCUAAUAAAGAAAUUAUUAAUAAA